AUGGCGACCUCGGAUCUACAGAUCGCCAAUGUCAUCAAUCCCAUUGAUCUGGCUAACGGCCUCUUCGGCCCAGGAAUAGACGUUGUCUCCGCAUCGUUCGUAGGCGGCAGCGUUGGUGCCGGUCUCUUCACCAAUGGACCAAGCGAAGUCCUGAACGCCGGCCUCGUCCUAUCCUCUGGAGAUGCAACUUCGCCGGCGACCAAGGGCGCCUCCACUGAGGUGGCCAGUGUCCAAUUGAACCAACCGGGCAACGCCAUAUGCAACGACUUAGCUGGCUUGACUACCUUUGACGCAACUGUUCUGACUAUCAACGUCCUGCUUGAUCCAGCUUUGGCGGGGUUUUCAGCGUACUUCCAGUUCGCGUCUGAAGAAUAUCCCGAGUACGUGGGUAGCGGCUUCAAUGAUGUGUUAUACAUCUUGAUCGACGGCGAGCAGAUCGCGAUUGAUACCACGGGUGCCCCCAUUACUAUUAACGGACCCUUCUUUAGUGGUCCUAAUGUUCUCCUCCCGAGCGAUUCCGGCAACGACUUCCGCGGGUCCACCCCAGUCCUGCAGGCUAACUUUCCUACAACACUCAGAGAGCACACUAUCGAGAUUGGAGUCUGCGAUGGAGGUGACGGUGCCUUUGACAGCGCUGGCCUGUUCAAAAUUUUAGCUUGCACAGGAGACUGUACUUCUGGUAUCAUCAACCUGGGUUGUGAGACUCAGGGUGGUGACACUGACGGCGACGGAAUCUGCGACAGUGAUGAUAACUGUCCCGACGUGGCCAAUCCUGCUCAAUUAGACACCGACGGGGACGGUAUUGGUGACCCGUGCGACAUCUGUCCAGACGUCGCAAACCCAGACCAGGAACUCGACGAGAACGGCGAACCAGCGGCGUGCCCUCCCCCAGAGCCAACUGCCACUGAGCCUGAUCCCGAGCCGACCGACCCCGAUGUGACUGCGACUGAACCUGUCGAGACGACACCAGUGGAUGUGACUCUAGUGGAGACCACGGCCACGGAUACGGACGAGCCUGUUCCUAUCGCGACGGAAGACUUCACCCCGUCCGAGCUGCCAGCCACGGAGACCCCGAUUGUUGUGGACACGAUCGAAGGGGAUCCGAUGACAGUCGAAGUACCUACCGACGAGGUUCCGAAUACUAUCAACCCAACAUCUCCUGACCCGACUGCCGAAAAUCUAAGGGAAGAUAAUCCAAUCAUUGACGACCCAUCAACACCUGAGGAUCUUCCCACCAGCCAAGUUCUGCCGAAAGACCUGGACGCUAGUGAGACACUUCCUCCUGGUCAGCAGCCUGAGCCACUCCCGACUGGAGACUCCCCCAUAGCCAACUCGACGGGCUCUGAUGUCAUUAUUCCUGCGCCCAUCGUUGGACCUGAUGGCGAGUUGACCAAAUUUCCUCCCAUGCCCAAUCCAACGGGUCCAAUUGUCUUCAUUCCUCCGCCGGUUGUUGGACCCGACGGUGAACUAACGACGUUUCCUCCAACCACCCUUGUUCUCCGACCUACUGGUGCUGCUGGUUCCAGUCCUGGAUAUCUGGGAGAAAGACCAGUCAGCCUGAUCGACUCCUCGCGUAUCUCAACCUACGCUGAGAACCCCCAAUGUCAGCAGUGUGAGCCUUUGAUUAUGACGAGGACGGAGAUGCUGUCCAAGAAGACAAGCCCUGCAGACUCUAAUCCGGGACCUGCGCAGGAGACACCAGUCAUAGCUUCCGAAGCAGCGACCCUCUCAGGGGCUCUUGCGUUUGCGCCAUGGUUCUAUGCUGUUGUAGCUGGAUUGGCUGUGCAGCAAGUUGUUGUCAUGCGUUGGACAAACAGGAGGUGA